AUGCCCGGCAGAAAGACUAAGACAGAGACACAGACGCGCGUGGGGCCGGCUGCACGCGCCCUUCCACCUGCCCGCCCACCCAUUCGCCCACUCAUCCUUUCGCAGCCUGCUUGGGAAGAAUUCCACAGAGAGUUGUUGUCCUGGUCCAGUCAAGUCGGCAAGAAGAACGUCGACGCAAAGAAGCUCAAAGGAUCCAGUGAUGAGGAGAGAUGCCCCUCUUGGUUCUCCUGGAAGCUGCCCGUCGCAAAGGCUGUCGAGCCCUGCAAGGCGCCUCCAGUACAGAAGAGGCCCCUCUGCAAACAGGAGCCACAGCUGAGCUCUGCUCGGAGCUCCUCGUCCGGCUCCGCCUCGCGGCGACUUGAUGAGAUCGCCACCUGUGCACGAGAUCAGCAUGCAAGCCGAAACGUUGGCCAGGUGAUCCAGAUGUAUGACGACUUCUUAUCCAUUCUUGCCGAGAAGCACAUGCAGAUCCCCGAGGUCGCGAGCAGCGCACGACACAGUGCCGUGGAAUUCUUCGCAGCUCUGGUCUACUGCGUUGUUCGUGCUGGCCGCUUCAACUUGGUGGAGAGGUUGCUGGAUGACAUGGUCGCACAGGGAGUCGCCCGCCCGCUGCAGUUCUACGAGAGCACCAUGAAGCAGCUUGCGGGAGUGAAGAAGUACAAGCUGGCCUUGGCUGUGUACGAUCGACUGUCAGCAGACGGCCUGCAACCUUCUGCGGUCACGCUGAGCUGUCUCAUCAACUUCGCCGUUGAGGUGGGUGAGCUCAACAGGGCCAUCCAGUUCUUCAAGGUUCUCUCGACGGUGAGCACGCCGUCUAUCCGGGCGUACAUGACCGUGCUGCGUGUUCACAGCAUGCGCCAGGACUGGCCUGCAACACUUUGGACGAUCCGAGACAUGAGACGUCGUGGCGUGGAGGUGGACACCUUGGCCAUGAAUGUGGCCCUAAGCACUGGCGUUGUUGCGGACCACAUCGAGGAGGUGGAGGCCUUGCUGGCGGAGGCUCCCAGUGCGGACAUUGUGUCGUACAACACCCUGGUGAAAGGCUAUGCCCAACGCAGCGAUCUGGCCAAAGCCCAGCAGGUGUUGGCUAAACUGCUGGCACGGGGGCUGCGGCCCAAUGCAAUCACGUUCAACACAGUGAUGGAUGCUGCUGUACGCAGCGGAGAAGUCUGCCAAGCGCAGCCACCUCAGAAGCGCAGCUCUGCCACCUUGUUGGUAUGCCUGCUCAACGUCUCGGCAAUCAGCCGAGCGAUACCAUAUAUGUUCUAUAAUGCAUAA